CUCUAUUCAACUUUGUAUUCCUCUUCGCAUGAAUAAAAGUCGUCACCUUAGAUACUGCUCCUAUACUGACUGAGGCCGGAUUGUGGCUUAGUCAUUGGCAGCCCGGAGCCUGAGAGCGGAGCUUUUCCAGUUUCCGUGCCAAGCGAUCUUCCGCCCAAUGCGAAGUUCACUGCAGUUGAACUUGAAGUUGGACUCCAACAAGACGACACCAUCUUGAGGCGCCCAUGGAGUCGACAGUUUACUGCUAGUUGAUGUAUUUUUUCCUUGCAGUCUUAAGUGCUUAAGCCUUGUUACCAUCCUGCUUCCUGUGGUAAAGUGGCAGAGCUUAUUCCUCGCUUCAGGUCUGUUGAACUCGUAGGGGAAGUGUGCUGCGACCACAAACUUUACAUGACCACCACGCCGGUGAUCCUCUUCCUGCCCUGACCAAAGACCUUUUUGCCGUUUUCACGAUGCAGAAAGUCCUACGAAUCAACCUCCUCGCGCGCAACCAAGCGCUAAAGGCGGAGCGAAGGAAAAACCUCAAAAAGUUAAAGGAGGAAUGGAGCCAACACGACUCACGACGCAUCGCCAUCGAUCGAGCACAACGGGGAUACAUCAAAGACGAACGGAGACAUCGAAGGGAGGACUGGGUCGCGGGACCAUUGGCACCGAAACGGGAUGCUGGAAAACAACAAGAGCUCUUUGGCACGGUCAGCGGGUUGAUUGCCCAGGGUCCCAAGUUUCCCGAACGCACUCGCGCCGGGCCCAAGGGGAACGGCUGGGAUCCAGUAGGUUCCGAGGGCCUGGAAGGCGAGCAUAAGGAGUGGGAGGGGUUUGGUAACGAGGGAAACAUUGUUGAAGGCGAUCGUGUCUGCGUGGUUCAGGGGAAAGAGGAAAUUGUUGGCAAGAUUGGUCGUGUCAAGAGUAUCAAUGCGGAAGCGAAGGAGUUGACUGUUGAAGGAGUGAAUUUGGCCGACGUACAAAUCCCCGAAGGCGUGCCUCAACGGGAACGAAUCGCCUUUCAAGCCCUCGAACUCCCUAUCCCUAUCGACUCGGUCCGCCUGGUGCACCGAUUGCGAGACGAACGAACAGGUCGAGACCGUGAUGUCAUCGUCAAGCUGCUCCGAGGCGGUGCACCGUAUUUCCAACGCGAGGCGUAUUCCCCUCUGCCCCGACAUACGCGGUAUGUUGCCGGCGAGGACAUUGAGGUUCCCUGGCCCCAAGUCGAUAUCCCGACGUACCAGGCUUUCGAGGCAGACACGAGCCGGUUCGACGUCGAGUCUCAAUCUUUUAUCCCCUCGCUGUACGACCCGCCGCUGCCGCGGUCGGGGAUUUUGGAUGAAUUGCGCGACGACAAAUACGCCCGCGACCGCGAAUGGCAUGACGACGAGUAUGUGCGUCUCAAGGUCCUGGAGGAUGCUCGGGCCGCUUGGUACGAGCAGCGCAAGCUGCAAUCGCCGCUGGAGCAGUUGGCAGAAUAUAAAUUGGAGUUGGCACAGAAGAGGGCCGAAGAGGUGAAGAAGCAGGGCUUGCCUGAGGAGACCUUGAAGAUCAUUCUUGAGACGAAACAGUCGAAACCGCAGCGGAGGCAGAAGGCUUUGGCUGCUUAAAAAGUUGUGGUCUUGCUCUUCGGUUUCCACAUGGGUGUUUUAUUGUAUGCUGGACCGGGGUCUGCCGUUUACAAUGCAGCUGCCAGUGAACACAUAAAAUGGGGGUUUGGCGCCAUUGUUCGGCAAGCAAAAAUUGAACUCCAUUCUGUGUACCAUAUACAUAAAACCACCGUAUAUUGUACAUUUGCAUCAUACCCAGUGAACACUUCUAACUGGACCUCAGUUGGUGGUAGCCAUCUACAACAUUACUGCUUUUUUUUACAUCCAUGCUCGCGAAUCAUCUGUACACCAGCUCCAGUCGGAUUACAACCUCGUAUGGCAGUGAACCAAAUGUUGGGUUGGGUAUACUCUACAUCCGGACCAUGCUCUCCCAGUCAUCUAUGAAAUCAAUAAUUGAGUCCAUAUGU